AAUGCCAAAAGUCAUUCGCUUCCCGCGUCGUGAAAAUAUUUGAUAUGAUUUUCACAAAGGUCCACAUCAUCUUUGGAUCUUUCUUGGCAAUAUUUGUUAUUGCCGAUAACUCUGCUGAAGAGUCUGUAGAAUUGGAUAUUUACCCUAGCAUAGAGCGAGGUUAUAAGGGUGUUUCACACGACAUAAUAUGUGAGGUGAAAAGUGGAAACGUCACGGGAAACUUGGAGUUCACUCGACCAGGCGAAAAUAAAUUAGUUCUUGAGUGUGACAACCAAUUCACUUCCAAGAGUUGUAAGACGGUUGUCGAUGGUUACAAGCUGAAAAUCACGAGAAAUUCAUCAUACACAAUGGUCAUCGAAUCUUUCGACCCUGAUGUUGACAAGGGUGUGUGGACGUGUCACGAUUCAAACGAUACAGCCAGCAAAUCCUCAGUAGAGAUUGUAUCUGCUUCUGUCUUCAAGGUGACUGAUAAUGAACUGCCCACACAAAAGAAUGAUUCUGAUGGCUACUACAUGCAAGUUGUUGGUGCGUGUACCUUUCCAGCGCCGGUAUGCAAAUGGAAUAUCAUGGAGGUGGGCGAGUCAUUGUUAAAUGAGUUGGAGAUGCCUUCUGCUUAUAUCGAUCAAAAAAGGAAGCCAUGCAAGAAUGAUUUGGAGGUCACGUGCAUCGUACAAUUUGACAAGACGCCUGAGGUCUUCCUAGAAAAAUACCUCAUCUUCUCUGUGACAAUUUCUCACCCAUCCAUUCCUGGCAACCCCAUUACACCAGCCGCUAGUCCUGUCUUGUUCUUUCCACGACCGCCUUUAGAAUUGGAUAUUUACACUAGUAUAAAGCGAGGUUAUAAGGGUGUUCCACAUGACAUAAUAUGUGAGGUGAAAAGUGGAAUCGUCACGGCAAACGUGGAGUUCACUCGACCAGACCAAAGGAAAUUAGUUCUUGAGUGUGACAACCAAUUCACUUCCAAGAGUUGUAAGACGGUUGUCGAUGGUUACAAGCUGAAAAUCAGUAGAGGUUCAUCAUACACAAUGGUCAUCGAAUCUUUCAACCCUGAUGUUGACGAGGGUGUGUGGACGUGUCGCGAUUCAAACGAUAACGCCAGUAUAUCCUCAGUAGAGAUUGUAUCUGCUUCUGUCUUCAAUGUGACUGAUAAUGAACUGCCCACACAAAAGAAUGAUUCUGAUGGCUACUACAUGCAAGUUGUUGGUGCGUGUACCUUUCCAGCACCGGUAUGCAAAUGGAAAAUCAUGGAGGUGGGCAAGUCAUUUUUAAAUGAGCUGGAGAUACCGUCUACUUACAUUGAUAAAAAAAUGAAGCCGUGCAAGAAUGAUCUGGAGGUCACAUGCAUUGUACAAUUUGAGAAGACACCUGAGGUCUUCUUUGAAAAAUACCUUGUCUUCUCUGUGACAAUCUCUCACCCAUCCAUUCCUGGCAACCCCAUUACACCAGAGGCUAGUCCUGUCCUGUUCUUUCCACAGCCUGUAGAAUUGGAUAUUUACACUAGCAUAGAGCGAGGUUAUAAGGGUGCUCCACAUGAAGUAAUAUGUGAGGUGAAAAGUGGAAACGUCAUGGGAAACUUGGAGUUCACUCGACCAGGCGAAAAUAAAUUAGUUCUUGAGUGUGACAACCAAUUCACUCCCAAGAGUUGUAAGACGGUUGUCAAUGGUUACAAGCUGAAAAUCAGUAGAGGUUCAUCAUACACAAUGGUCAUCGAAUCUUUCAACCCUGAUGUUGACGAGGGUUGGUGGACGUGUCGCGAUUCGAAUGAUAACGCCAGCAUAUCCUCAGUAGAGAUUGCAUCUGCUUCCAUCUUCAACGUGACUAGGAAUGAACUGCCCUCUCAGAAGAAUGAUUCUGAUGGCUACCACAUUGCAGUAGUUGGUGAAUGUACCACCCCAUUGCCGGAAUGCAAAUGGAAAAUCAUGGAAGUGAAUAAAUCCAAGCUGGAGAUACCUUCUACUAUUAUUUCUCAAAAAGUGAAGCCGUGCAAGAAUGAUGUGGAGAUCACAUGCAUUAUACAAUUUGACAAGACGCCUGAGGUCUUCCUCGGAAAAUACCUCAUCUUCUCUGUGACAAUCUCUCACCCAUCCAUUCCUGGCAACCUCAUUACGCCAGCCACUAGUCCCGUCCUGUUCUUUCCACAACCUAUUGCAAAUACAAAACUUGAUUGUGGGAUUGGUGGACUUUCUGAACAGAGUACAACAUUAACCUGCACGAUACUUGACAGACUAGGUUCAGGAAUUCAUUGGUUUAGACCAAACAAUGGAAAGCCAUUGAAUAUAUUCACAUGUGACAAAUUGAAUGCCAAGUGUGCUGCAUCUGAGAAUGUAACUGGCUACCGAGUUUCUAUUGAUUCACCUACACAGCAAACUCUUACCAUAGAAUCGUUCAACUCGUCAGUAGAUUCUGGAAAGUGGACUUGUGUAGAUCACAAAUCAGUGAAUCGUGCCCAAGAAACGAGCCAGUGUUUCAAGUUUGGUUUAGAGUUUAAAAAAUUUGAUAUUUACACUCGCCUGGAGCGUGGUUAUGAGGGUGUUGCACUUGACGUAAUAUGUCAGUUGAAAAGAGGAAGAGCUACAGGAACCAUUGAGAUCAUUGGACCCCAUAAUAACCAAUUUGUUCGGUGUGACAACCAAUUCACAAACGAGAGUUGCACGACACUCGUCCCCGGUUACAAGCUGACAUCCACGUUUGGUUCGUCCUAUGUGAUGACCAUCGAAUCUUUCAACCCUGCUGUUGACGUUGGUGAUUGGAUGUGUCGCUCCUUAGGUGACAAUGCCUGGGCCUCAGUAAACAUUAAAUCUGCUCCCAUCUUCAACGUGACUGAAAAUGAACUGCCCACACAGAAGAAUGAUUCUGAUAGCUAUUUCAUUCGAGUGGCUGGUGCAUGUACCUUUCCAGCGCCAGUAUGCAAAUGGAAAAUCAUGGAAGUGGGUAACUCUGAGCUGAAGAAACUCUCUGGUUUGGUCAUGCAUACAGAUUUGCAGAUUUACGGAACUGAUGUGCAGGUCACAUGCACUGUACAAUUUGAGAAGACAGCUGAGGCCCUCCUCAAUAAAUAUGUCAUCAUCUCUGUGACAAUCUGUCACCCCUCCAUUCCUGGCAGGUCCAUCACACCAGCUGCUAGUCCAGUCCUGUUCUUCCAAGGACCGAAUACUUCGCAUCAUCCAAUUACUCCAGUUUCCCCGACUGUUCCAGUUUUCCCAGUUUUCCCGACUGUUCCAGGUACUCCAACAGCUCCAGGUACUCCGACUGUUCCAGGUACUCCGACUGUUCCAGGUACUCUAACGUCUUCAGUAACUCCAACCUCUUCAGUAACUCCAACCUCUUCAGUAACUCCGACUAAUCAAGAUUACCCAGAUACUACAAAUACUACAGAUGAUCCCAGUGACCAAGAGCGUUUGGCUGGUGGCUUAGGUGGAUCAAUUAUAGCAGUGAUUGUCGGCGCUAUGUUAAUUGUCCUUGCUGUACCGGCAGGUUGCUCCAUCUAUUAUAAGAGGCAAAAGACAAAGAAUUCUGAAAAAGAAGCAUUAGUAUUAGAGGACGCUAUUGAAUCAGAGGUCAUGAAUAAGGGAAGAGAAGAAGAAGUGGAUGGAGUAACACCCCUAGGCCAGACUGAACCUGUUAACAAAUUGAUAAAUGAUACCGAUACAAUAGCUUGGCUUUAAAGAACAAGUUGGGUAAAGGAAAAUUCCAAUACUAUAGUCCAUCCCAUCCUCCUACAAAAACAUUUUGUAAAGUAAAAGUGUUUUGGAAAUAACAAAAACACUACCAUUCUUGUGUGUCAUUAAAAAAAUAUUUGGUUCAGAAAUAGAUAAAACUGUAAUACAUACCAUAGUAAGAAAAUGAUGCUUACAGCAUUAUGGCCACCAUUUUGGUUUUACGGACUGGUAUAUACAUGUAUAUUUGUAUAUAUAGUCUUCCUAUAUGAGAUAACUCAAUUAUUUUCUUGGUAUACUCCUAUAGUAAAAUUAAUCAAAUAGAGUGAUGUUGUAUCACGACUACACCAUGCAGUCUAUAAAACCAAAAUGGUGGCCAUAACGCUGUAAGCAUAGCUUUCUUACUAUGGUAUGUAUUAGUAUAUUAAGUUUUAUUUAUUUCUGAACCGAAUAUUUGUUUAAUUGCACAAAGAAAUGGUUGGGUUUUUUAAUUAUUUUAAAAGCACUUUUACGUUUCUUCUUACAUCAAACCAAACUGAAAUUAUUUACAAAAAAACCCCACAUUUUUAUAGGAGUAUGGGACGGACUAUAGGUUGAUAACACACAGUCUUCUCAAGUUCCACUGGACCAGUCCUGGAACAUUGAUUGUAAAAGAGCAAGGUCAUCAGACUGGCUUCCUGGCAGAAAAUAAUUUGAUGUUUUGUAAUAAAAACAAAACAGACCAUACUCCUAUUAGAUGGUUAUUGAUUUGAAAUUGGACACUGCAUUCAUGUGCUUUUACAAAUUUUAAACAGCAGUUUUCUAAAUAUAAUCUUUCUAAAAAAAAUAUAUAUAUAUAUAAAAAUGUAUCUAAUUGCAAAAUUUUAAUAUAUAUAAUUUUACCCUUCAUACCCUCUGGCAGAAAGCCUGCCAUGCAGACAUUGAAGAGAAAAAGGCAAGAUUAUCAGUCGUUGAAGAAAAAAGGACACUAAAUAAAGAAGGCUGUGUCUGUAUGUGUUAUCGUUCAAAUAAGCUAUUAAGAAAAUAAUUUUGAAACCUGUAGUUAUGAGCUACAUUUUAAGUAGAGCAGUAUUUAGAGAAUAAGAAAUGUGGCAUAUUUAGUUGAGCAUCAUUAGAGGACAAUAAAAGUAACCUUUUACAUUGGACAUUAUUCAAAUAACAAUACAUUUGACCUUUUAAAGGUUAACUUCAUAAUAAAUUUAAUAACUAUGAGAUAUACGGUUUAAAUCUAUUUUACUGCAUACUUUGUAUUCCCGAUAAUGCUAUGUCAUGUUCAGGUUUUUUUUGUGUUGUGUGACUGAGUGAGAGAGAAAUAGUAAGAGAGGGAGGGACAUAGAGAGAGAGAAAAAAAAGAGAGAGAGGGACAUAGAGACAGAUAGAGAGAG